AUGACAGUUGUGAAAAAAUUUCGUUCUAAAUACGCAGACUUUCCUGCGAGUAUCUACAAUGGGCUGCGUUGGUUGCUGUGAUUUCCCAUUUGGAACUGUCAACGCAGAAAUCCUGCGAAAAUUUUCAUUUAUUUCAAAAUUUAGAACAUGCGACCUGCGGUCUGCGAUUUUAGUACACAAUCGCAGCACCGCAGCAUUGUCAUUGUAGAAGAUCAGAUUGAUUUGCAUGUGUUUAAAACUUGCGCUUGCAUCUGCGAUCCUGCGAGUUUCCUAUUGUAGACCAGGCUUUAGCCGACAGAACCGUCAAACUGUCAAAACAACAAAAAUCGCGAAAAAGCAGCAAGACGGGAGACGGUUUUGUUUCAACUAAAUUUGUGAUUUUACGCGUAAAUUAACAAAUCCGCAGUUUUCUUUGGAGUUGUUUUAAAGAUAAGCCCCCGAAUUCAGUUAUCUCAACAUGGAGGACGUUAACGGCGACGUAAUUCAGUGGAAGAAGCUGUGGCAGCUGAUUUCGGGCAUCCACUACGAGACACCGUCCGCCGUCGUGCGGGACAAGCUGCUGGACGUGUCGAAGGAGCUCACGGAUGGGCUGGUGCAGUUCCGGAAGGCCGGCUCGGACAAGAGUUCCGCCGAGCGGCUGCAGAAGAUGAUGAAGGAGCGCAAGCAGGAGAAGCUGCUGGGGUUCGCGACCAAGCUGUACCAGUUUCUGGACAUUGACGCCGUCCAGUCGUGGAACAUUUUGUGUUUUUACUUGGUGAAUGAGUACCGCGGGCCGGCGAAUGCGCUGGCGGAUUACAUCUCGACGGAGAGUUCGAUGCUGAGCUUGCUGAACGAGAUUUGGGCAUACUAUUCGUUGGAGCGGAUGGUGAUGCUGAAGAUUGUGAAGAAUUUGCUGGAGUUUUAUAACUCGGGGAGCCAUCCGUACUCGCGGGAGUACAAGACGGUGGUGGAUAAGAUUGGGUUUGCGAAUUUGCGCAAGUCGUACAUUGGCCAGCUGGAGAGUUUGGUGAACGAGACGAUGCCGGGCAAGUUGAUUCCGGGAGAUAUGUUUAACAACCAGGCGAAGAUGGUUGCGUGGUCGGAGCGGAAGAUGCGGGAAGUUAACGAAACGUUGCACAUUAUAUUGUUGAUUGUUCACUACGACGGGAUUGGGGUGGAAGAGUUUGCCAGGUUGUUUAAGCUGUUCAAGGGGCAUUCAUUUGGUCGGGUGCAUCAGUAUCUGAACAAUGGCAAUGAAGCACACAGCGAUAUGGUGAAGAGGAUAACGUUCAGUGAGUUGGCCAUCGUGUAUCGAGCGUUGGAUUUGAGCGAGAGUGCCGGUGAUGAGCGUUGGAUCGACGGAGUAAUUAAGGCUUUGGACGGGGAGAUUGUAACGCUGCACACGUUUCCCGAGCACGGACCGUUGCUGCUGGCGUGGAUGCUGUUCAACUUUCGGCUGCAGAAUCGCUUGGACGACGACGAUUUGUCCAGCAGAUAUCGUCAGUUUGGCUCGCGGGCGAUUCAGUUGGGCGUUUUCGAAUACCUGCUGGCCAUGGUGCAGCAUUCCACGUUCAACGAUCACAGCAUUGUUUGUCGCGUCACCAGGAAAGCCAUCUUCAACCAGUUGGGAUUCCUGUGCCAGCUGUUCGAUUCGGACGGAUCCGUUGCGCAGCACGCUAAAAUCUACGACCUGCUAAGCGAACUGUUGCACAGUCCUUCGAUCGCGGCAGAAUUCUGCAAAAACGAAGACAAUCCCGUCCGCUCGCUGUUCGACACGACGUUGGAGAAUUUCCCCGUAGAUUUCACCCCACUGGCCAUGAUCGCGCACGCACUGGCCUCCGCCGGCACCAACCAGAACAAGUACAUUCACGAUCUGCUGGAAAACCUCCCAGUUUACAGCGAAGUCUACAACCCGGACCACUACGAACUGCGUCCGUCCGCGAUGAACGAAGACGAGUUCAUCCUGGCGCACGAUUACGUUCCCUUCCGGAAGAUUGGUUACGUCGUCCCACGUGGAACCUCCACGAUCGUGAUCGACAAGCGAUCGCACACCCUAGCGCACUUCCGCACCAAGUUUAACUUUUACGCCGCGCUUCAUCGCGAGAUCAACGAGCUGCUGUCGGACGCCCUGUCGUACACGCAGCUCAACGAAGAUCGCAUUCAGCGCAUUACGACCGGACUGCGGUACCUGGCGGUGGCCGUGAAGCGCAUUCACCAGCCGCACGAGAUUAGCUCGGAGAUGGUGCACCCGACGGAGAUGGUGUUUGACAUCUUGCUCAAGUUUAAGGUGAUCCAGGCGCCGCCGAUUGAGCUGCUGGCGGAGUGCUUGAACGUUUGUGCCGCGCUGGUGCCGCUGUUUGAGCCGGAAAUCUACGCCAGGGUGAUCAAUUUGAACAUCCUGCCGACGGUGAACAACGCAAACUUGGAUUUUAAAGACUACGCUGCAGGGACGAGCUUUGAGUCUAGUUUGAUUGGGUUCUACUUGGUGAACUACGAGAAGAAUGCUGGAAAGUAUUGCAUCCUGAUGGCGUACCUGAACUUCCUGAAGACGUACACAAAGUUGGGGAAGAACAACGUGUUUGGCGUCGAACUGCCCGGGUUGAUUUUCCUGUUGCGGGAGGUCUUCCCGCACGCCCACACGUGGCGCUUCGAGAACGAAUCCGAGCGGCAGAAAAUCUACGUUUUCAUUCUGCAGUACCUGUUUGAAAUUCUCCAGCUCUCACCGGAAGCCCUCAAGAACGACUACCCGCGGACGAUCCUGCGCAACGUGUGCGUGUACAGUCUGCUCGACCUGGACAACGGCAUGACGCUGCUCAAGUUCGUCGGCGUCGGCAACGCGUACCUCCAGUCCGUGAUGGAGAACGAAACCAGCUGGAUGAUGGCGCCAGAGCAGAGCAUGAACCAAGUGGUUCAACUCUCCAUGACGAUCCUCAUGCAAAUCCUGCGCCUCAAGCACCACGUCAUCCCGGACCCAAAGCUGCUGUCGCCACUCGAGUCCGCCAUCUACACCCAGCCCAAGCAGCGGGACAACCUGCGGAUCAUCCCGGUGGUAACAGGUUACAUGAACAACAUCUUCAACCGCCGACUCCCGAUCUUGUCCUGUCGCCUGCUCCGACGCUUCUCGAUCGAGUUCAAAAUGUCCCUGCUUGCUUGUCUCGACAUGGAGCCCGACCAGAUCCGGGUCAUCUUCCUGCAGCGCCUGCGGGACGACCUGGAAAGCGAUAACCUGAAAAUCGCCGUGCUCGAGUUCGUAGAGGCGUGCAUUCACAAGCAACCUGGCCUGACGGAGGCCUUCUUCAAGGUGCACUACGACAACGUCGAGCAGCGGCUCUUCCUGGGCGUGAAGCCGGGCAAGAAGAAGAACAUCAGCGACGGCAUCCCGACCUACAUGGAGGAAUAUCUGGAGGCGAUCUCGAGCGAUCCGAAGAAGCUGGAGAGUCCGCUGCUGUCGCGGAUUAUGUCGCUGUUCCACGCGCUCUGGAAGAACAACAUGCAGAUACUGUGCAAGGAUCUGCUCGAGAAAAAGACCUUCUGGAGUUCGCUGUGCAAUCCGCUGUUCGGGAACAUUAGCGAGAACGUUAAAGCGUACAGCCAGCUGUUCAACAUCCUGGGGAUCGAGCUGUUCAAAAUAGACUCCGCCAAACAGGUCGACGAGGAUCUGAAGAAAGUGUACGAAAAGUUCCUCGAUUAUGACGUGUUUUCGCGGUGGGUUCGCGCCGUUUUCGACCUGCCCAAAACGACGGGGAAGGUGCAUGACGACAGCUCGCUGUGCGCGUCUCCGGUCGUUGACGAAACUCCCGAGUGGCUUAGCCGGCUGCAGUGCUUCAAAGAUCUGCUGGUGUUACUCAUUCGCAAGAAGGACACCGGCGUCCAUCUCCCCGACCGCAGCAAACGCUUCCUGGCGGACCAGUGCCUGAACGUGCUACUCGAACGCGCCGAGUACGCCGACGAUCUGCGCCCGUUUGUGAUUCUGGCUGAACUCUACCUUGUCGUGUUGUCCGACUACGAGCACAAGUACACCGAAAACGCCGAACAGGACGCCCAAGUCCUCACGAAGAUCCAAGACCUGCUCAACGCACUCGCCAUCAGCUACAAAGAGCUGCACCGUCGAGCCAAAGAGUCCAUCCUGGCCAUAGCCAUCAAAACCGUCGAGCUUCAAGCGGAUCAACUCAUCGAACACGACGCCAUCAUCUCGAGCGUCACCCGUUCCGCCGUCGACGUCGUCUGCCAGGAAGUGUACGACCUCGAAGUCACCACCCGAAUCGAACUCAAGUCCCCGAAAGCCCUCACCCUAACGCAACGAGACCAAGUCCCUCUUCUGCUCGCGCUAACCCUCGUCAAGAAGCUCGUCCUGGUGUUCGAGGAACACGAAAGCCCCCCGACCCGCUGGCAGUGCUGGUUCGUGCGGGCAAAGGUCUUCCAGCGGCUGCUCAGCAUUACCAGCACGCUGCUGCAGAACUACUCCCGGCGGAAGAUCACCGCCGAGGUGCUCGAACUGUUGGUGGUGCUGGCCAAGAGCCGCCGCUGCUCGGCCGAAAUGCUGCACUGCGACAUUGGCGAUUAUCUGUGGCUGAAGCUGCUGCCGCCGAAGGAGCUGCUGCAGCGGCCGUACGUGAUGCCCGAUGAGACGGGCCACAAGUGGAAAACCCAGGACUGGUGGCCCAUCUACACGAAGGGCAUCGAACUGGUGCGGGUGCUGCUGGCCCAGCAUCGGCAGCGCUUCUUCAAGGAUGCCAUCUUUUUCGCCGGCAUCCACGAGGAGUUCCUGAUGGACUCGUUGCUGCUGGCGAAGCAAUCGAUGGAGGGGAAUGCGAUCGCCUUGAUCAAGGGCACGCUCGAGCUGCUUUGUGAGUUGGUGAACUACGAGAAGGAGUGGCGGCUGGAGCAUGGGCAGAGUUUGAUCAAUUUGAUGCGUUGCGUCCAAAUUCUGAUGGACCACGCCGUGUCGCUACUCUACCGUCCAAAAAUCCUCAAACGUCUCGCCGAGGGCCCAUCGGUGCCGGAUUUAACCCACGAGCAGCACGACGACCCGAACGCCGUGGACACCUCGGACGAGCUCGUCACAGCGAUGAACAACUCGGUGGAGAUUGUGACGUUGUGCGCCAAGUGUCUGCUCAAGUUCAGCCCAACCCUGUUGAGUUUGCUGUGCGAUGUGCACUUUUUGCCCGGCAAGUGGUACCCGCUGAUUGAGAUUCAGUUCGGGGUGCCGAAGAUGAACGCCGAGAGUGCCUCCCAGCUGAGCUUCGGAACGGUGCUGCGAGCGGUUUGCAUGUUCACUAAGGUGUUGAACGUGCAACACUACUCGUUCCAGGAGACUCCCCUCAAUCAACUCCCACCCUCGAAAUCCGGAGAAUCGGACGGCUUCGACGUCACGCCCUCGCUCUCCAACUCGGCCCUUGCUCGACUCAACAAGUCCGCUCUUGCCGCCGCCUCCCCCGACGGAACCCCGUCCCGCCCGUCAAGCAGCGCACGCACACCCUUCUCCAAGUCCCUCUCGAUGACCUCCGUAUCCAGCUUCACCUCUACCAACGCAAUCGCCCUCUCAAACGAACUGCUCACCCACCUGGACUCCAAACUCUGCAUCAGCGGCCUCGAAUUCGUACUCACCCUACUAGCCUCCCAAAGCUUGCUCGCCCUCAAAGACGCAAACCUUUCCCAGCGCGAGAAGCAGCUCAUCAAGCGCGAACUCAGCACCGAGCUGCUCAUCUUCCACGAUUUCGUCAAGAAGCGCAUCCUCAAAGACUCCAAAGAGAUCCUCACCCGUAAAAAGUACGGCUCCGUGCCCAUCCUCAACAGCUACGACGACGACGAAGACGACAAUGAAGACAGCCGAGCAAGCCCUCUCCAACAAGCCCCGCCCAAGAAACCCGACCGCUCGAUGCGGGUCAACGUGGUCCGGAAGCAGCACCUGCAGCAAACCGCUUCCACGCCCAAGAUGUCCUCGUCGACGCCGGCCCCGCGUGGCAUCCUGAAACCAUCCACAUCAGGUCCAGUCAAGCGCGUCAUGUUUGAGGACGGGUUGGAGGCCGGAAUGAAGACGUUUGCGUACGCGAUGCCUGAAGAGGAUCCCAUCUACUACGAGCCGGAGGAGAGCAAGUACACGGGGCUGUCGUACGUGCGGAUCGUCGAGGAGGACUAUCUGCAUCUGUUUUCGAAUUUGUUUUUGAUUAUAUCGCAAAGCGAGAAUUAAACGGCUUUGGAGGGUGGACGCGUGUGUUCCGUUGCGAUGUGACAUU